AUGGUAAGCAUGGGUGUUGUAUGUACACAGUAUGUGAAGUCUAGAACCAAGACUGAGUAAAGAGCACCUGUUUAUCUACCAAUUGGCUGAUCUUCUUAACCUGAUCCACUGGGGACUAGCAACUAUUUAAAUGUGAGGACUGUGCUCAAGGUGAGAGUUUGAUAUGAGUAUUUCUCUGUCCAUCUUCCAGAGGAGCUGGUGCUAGGCUCAUACAGAGAACCUGCACAGAGCUGGGACAAGGACUAUGAUCACUUCCUCCUUCCUCUGCUGGUGGCUCAGGAGCCCUGCUACAUCCUGUACCGCCUCGACUCCCAGAAUGCACAGGGCUAUGAAUGGCUCUUCAUCGCUUGGUCACCUGAUCAAUCACCAGUACGUAAAUACUAAGACCACACAUCUCUAUUUGCAUUCAACAUUCAAUAACAUUAUGCAAGCUUGCAACACUAUACAAAUCACCAGAAAAAAAUGACAGUUGUGUUUUAUAUACAGUACUAGUCAAAAGUUUGGACACACCUACUCAUUCAAGGGUUUUUCUUUAUUUUUACUAUUUUCUACAUUGUAGAAUAAUAGUGAAGACAUCAAAACUAUGAAAUAACAUAUACAGAAUCAAGUAGUAACCAAAAAAGUGUUAAACAAAUCAAAAUAUAUUUUAUAUUUUAGAUUCUUCAAAAUAGCCACCCUUUGCCCUGAUGACAACUUUGCGCACUCUUGGCAUUCUCUCAACCAGCUUCACCUGGAAUGCUUUUCCAACAGUCAUGAAGGAGUUCCCACAUAUGCUGAGCACUUGUUGGCUGCUUUUCCUUCACUCUGCAGUCAAACUCAUCCCAAACCAUUUCAAUUGGGUUGAGGUCGGGUGAUUGUGGAGGCCGAUGCAGCACUCCAUCACUCUUCUUCUUGGUCAAAUAGCCCUUACACAGCCUGGAGGUGUGUUGGGUCAUUGUCCUGUUGAAAAACAAAUUAUAGUCCCACUAAGCAAAACCAGAUGGGAUGGCAUAUCGCUGCAGAAUGCUGUGGUAGCCAUGCUGGUUAAGUGUGAAUUGAAUUCUAAAUAAAUCACAGACAGUGUCACCAGCAAAGCACCCCAACACCAUCACACCUCCUCCUCCAUACUUCACGGUGGGAACCACACAUGCAGAGAUCAUGCGUUCACCUACUCUGCGUCUCACAAAGACACGGCGGUUGGAACCAAAAAUCUCAAAUUUGGACUCAUCAGACCAAAGGUCAGAUUUCCACCGGUCUAAUGUCCAUUGCUUGUGUUUCUUAGCCAAAGCAAGUCUCUUCUUCUUAUUGGUGUCCUUUAGUAGUGGUUUCUUUGCAGCAAUUUGACCAUGAAGGCCUGAUUCACACAGUCUCCUCUUGAAAUUUUCUGGAUUGACUGACCUUCAUGUCUUAAAGUAAUGAUGGACUGUCAUUUCUCUUUGCUUAUUUGAGCUGUUCUUGCCAUAAUAUGGACUUGGUCUUUUACCAAAUAGGGCCAUCUUCUGUAUACCACCCCUACCUUGUCACAACACAACUGAUUGGUUCAAACGCAUUAAGAAGGAAAGAAAUUCCACAAAUUAACUUUUAACAAGGCACACCUGUUAAUUGAAAUGCAUUCGAGGUGACUACCUCAUGAAGCUGGUUGAGAGAAUGCCAAGAGUGUGCAAAGCUGUCAUCAAGGCAAAGGGUGGCUACUUUGAAGAAUCUCAAAUAUAAAAUAUAUUUUGAUUUGUUUAACACUUUUUUGGUUACUACAUGAUUCCAUAUGUAUUUCAUAGUUUUGAUGUCUUCAUUAUUAUUCUACAAUGUAGAACAUUUUAAAAAUAAAGAAAAACCCUUGAAUGAGUAGGUGUGUCCAUACUUUUGACUGGUACUGUAUAUGUGUUAUUGUCACAUACACCGGAGAGGUGCAGUGAAAUGUGUUGUUUUACAGGGUCAGCCAUAGUAUUGCGGCACCCCUGGAGCAAAUUAGUGUUAAGUGCCUUGCUCAAGGGCACAUCAACAGAUUUUUCACCUUGUCUGCUCGACUAUUCGAACCAGCAACCUUUCGGUUACUGACCCAUCGCUCUAACCGCUAGGCUACCUGCCUCACUCAUGCAUACAGUUUAUACACAUUUUCUGUAAAACAUGCACAUGCAAUGCACUACUCAGUGUUCAGUGUUCUUUCCUCAUCCACUAUGCCCCCUGUAGGUGAGGGAGAAGAUGGUCUACGCUGCCACCCGUGCCACACUGAAGAAGGAGUUUGGCGGAGGUCACGUCAAGGAUGAGAUGUUUGGCACAGUUGAGGUCUGUGGUCUGGAAUCAUCAAAUCCAAAACACUUUUAUUUUACUUUGGAUUAACUGACUUGUGGGUUAACCCUAUCAAUCCCAGGCCUUUGAAAUAACUUCCCUUCUCCCCCCUUUACUUUUUUUAUAUUGGAACAUUUGACUGACUCCACAGCAUACAAGUGUUUCUACUCUGUUCAGGAGGUCCAGGGCCAGGGGUUAAGAUGCUUACUAGACCACACCCACUCCAGAGUCCACAAAGUAGAGCAAAGUUCCACAUCCCAUUUGGGUAGACUAGACACUAGAGGGAAGUUGAUGAAGGAGGGGUUAAAUGAGGUCUUGACGAUGAUGAUCAUGUGUAGGCACUACAGUCAGUGACUGAUGUCACCCAGUUGCCUUUGCUGUCUGAAUAUCAGCCUCCAAUCAGUUGAAUCACUAUGUGAUUGACAGCUCAUGGUAACAGCUGAUCACAACCCUGCCUCAGUGUCCUCAACUACCUCCUUACAUAUGUAGGAUCUUAAUUUGAUCACUCUGUUAUAGGACAACAUUCCUGCAAUGCAGGAAAUGUAAAACGUGUUGUGUAUUUGUGUUUUAAAAGGCUUCUGAAGUUUGUCAUUUCCACUUUGAAAUGUCUACUUUGAAAUUUCCCUUACGAAACAUGUAUCAACCCCUACAAAAAUGUCCAUUAUUAUAAUCCACAUAGUAAUUCACAUUUCCUGUUGCUGCAAAUUAAGAGUUAAGAUGAUGCAUGAUAAAUUGGGUCGGAGCCCUCUAUUUGUGAAUAAAGUAUGUUGGGUUUGUUCAGCAAAUCACUUCCUGGUUCCUGUGUCCACAGGAAGACCUGUGUUUCCAGGGGUACCUGCGUCACAUGUCCUCCUGCUCCUCCCCUGCACCUCUCACAGUAGCGGAGCAGGAGCUGCAGCGAAUAAAAAUCACAGAGGUAAAGCAAAGGGGAGUGAAUUUGCUAAUAUAUCCACCAAUCAGUAUAUUCAGAGUGUAUUAUACAUAUACAAUGUAGGCUACUACUGUAAGAUAAUGUAUCUUGUUAUACCUUUGUAUGAUGUGUAGUACGUAUUGUCAUCCAUAUGUGUUUGUGUCUCUGUAAUGUGCCAUCCAGGACAAGGUUGUAUGGGUAAGCUAUGGUUCUUCUCUCAGUAUUUUCACGUGUGUAUUUUGUAUCUGUGUGUGUAUGUGUGUGUGUCUGAGCAUCUGGUUCAGGUGUAUGUAGGCAAUGAGUGCAAGUAUGUGUGCAACGUGUGUGUGCAUGUGUGUGAGAAAAAAAGAGAGAAAGAGAUGAAACAUUAAGUCUGUCCAUUUUAUGCCCACAGGAUGAGCGUAGAAGGUUAAGCAACACUCCUAGAGGACGAGCAAAGGUUUGUCCCACCCUCUCAUCUUCAAUUCUGUACUAGAGACUUUUAAAAGUGGCACUCCAGUCUCCUUUUCAGCUCAUUUAACAAAAGGCACAUCUCAAUAGGUGGUCCUGGUAAGUCAUGACAUAGCGGGGGGGGGCUUCCUCUGUUGUUCCUGAAGCAAAGGGGGAGGCCGAUGACAUCAAGACUUCCCAUCAGACCAACUCCUUGAAUGCCCUACUCCUUGAACUUUGCAGUUGUGAACACUAUUUAGCUCAAAAUAUAUUUUUUGACCCUUUAGUGUGUGUACUACAUUGUAUUUAUACUUGGGAUAUCACUUUCAACAGUAAAAGUUCAAAAUUCGCUGGAGGAUGUCUUUAAAGAGAUGCUUGCUCCUCAUCUUUAAGCCACAAGACACAUUUUAUAACUAUGUUUUCACCUGCAUCUCUUUUUAUUGAUUUGUGUAGUUGAUAACCACUUUUCCUUCUGCUGUACCUUGUUCCUUAUAGUUUAUAUAGGACUACAUUAUUGAUGUGUGUUAUGCAGACUGUGGUUUUAUGGCUAUAUGUCGGCCCCUACAGGUGACAAUGGAGUUUGGUUUGGACAAAAGGCACCAGACUCUUACAGGCCUGGCGUUCCCUCUACAGGAGGAGGCCAAACGCGCUCUGCAGCAACUCAAGCAGAAACGUAUCAACUACAUACAGCUGGUGAGCUGACCUCACAAAACAAACGUACAAAAAAAAGUCAAACAAAACAUGCAACAAACAUUCUCUCUCUAUCUCUUGCUCACGCGCACGUACGCACAAGCACACACACACACACACACUCAGUAUUAUGUUUUUUGUGUGCCUCAGAAGUUGGACACAGAGAAAGAGACAGUCGAGCUGGUCCACACCAACCCCACAGAGACCCGUGAGCUUCCCUACAGAAUCCCUACAGACACACCCAGAUACCACUUCUUCAUCUUCAAACACUCCCACCAAGGACAGCAACAGGAGGCUCUGGGUCAGUAUCACACACACACACGUGCACAUACACACACAUACACAGGCACGCACGUGCACACACACACAUUACACGCAAUUAAAGGUUAUAGGAUCGCUCAUAAUCCUUCUCUCUCUCUCGUUCUCUCUCUGGCACUCUCUCUCUCUCUCUCAGUGUUCAUCUACUCCAUGCCAGGGUACAGCUGUAGCAUUAAAGAGCGGAUGUUGUACUCUAGCUGUAAGAACCCGCUACUGGAAGAGGUGGAGAGAGACUACCGUCUAGAUAUCGCCAAAAAGGUUCAACAAUUAGACAGCCUCCAAGUUACCCAUCUUUAAUUGACAUGAUAAUGUCAGACUAUCAUAUCACAGUUAAAAGUGAGUGUACAUGUAUACUGAUGUUGUUUUCCAUGAUCCUUCUUUCUCCCUCUUCCCUUUUACUCUUGCGUGCGUGUGUAUGUGCGUGUGCAUGCGCGUGUGUGCGUGUGUGUGCGUGUGUGCGUAUUUGUGUGUGUGUUUUGGUGUGUGUGUGUGUAUAUUUGUGUGUAUUUGUUUGUAUUUGUGUGCGUGUGCGUGUGUGUGUGUGUGUGUGUGUGUGUGUGUGUGUGUGUGUGUGUGUGUGUGUGUGUGUACAGAUUGAGAUUGACGGUGGGGAUGGACUGACGGAGGAGUUUCUGUAUGAGGAGGUCCAUCCCAUUGAACACACUCUGAAGCAGGCGUUCGCCAAGCCACGUGGGCCAGGGGGGAAGAGGGGCAACAAGCGCCUCGUCAAGGGGGCCGGAGAGAAUGGAGAAGAGAGCUAG